AGUGAUGACACUGUGGAGAGUAGAUCAUCCCUAUUGCAUUAGGACUUCACUUUGCUGUGGUGUGGGUUGUAACCCUUUCAGGACACGCUUCUAUCACUAACUAUCAGCUCAAAUUUCCUAUAUUGUCUAAUUUGUUGCUGCAAGUCUUAUGUCUGUAGUGAGUCAUAGAUACUGUAAUGAUUACUGAGGCAAGGAGAUGAGAGCUGUGUGUACACCAUGGCUGUAAAAAAUGUGCAUAUAUUACUGAUUAGCAUAUUUCUUGUGAUGUUCACUAGAAUGAAAUGAAUAAUUUAAUGUUACUAUGUAUAUUAGAAUUGUAUUAAUGACAUCAGGCUUGUUUUAUGCAUAAUAUAGAUUCUUAAUCUGUCUUAAAAAGUACAUUUUGUUACCACAUUCAGUUUUAUAUUAUACUAAAGGCUAAAUUAGAUUAUAUGGCAUAUUAACCAAGUCAUACACAAUCACCUUGUAAAAUAUUAUAUAUGCAUUGAUGAGCCCAUGGACAUCUGAGCAGCAUUAUCUCUCUUACUACUAAGUAGUGCUGACCUAUUGAUAACUUUAUUGCAGUGUAGUAGCUGGAUCAGCCAGUUUGAAACAUCACAAUAUUUCCGGAUGAUAGUGUUGAGAACAUUGAGAAUAGAAGAUUCAGCUUUAAAUAAAAUACGGAAAGCACUUCCAUAUUGGGCGCUUGUCUUCAAAAUAAGGGCACGUGGUAGCCAAAUAUCCCCAAAAUCGAGGUAAAUUUAGCAUUUUUCCAAUCAAGCCGCUUUAAAUAUUUAAUUAUAUUCACCAGGAAGCAACUAAGCUCACAGUCUGUUAUUUUUAGCGUUUUUCUAAAAGUCGAAGUCCGAUAGCGGCUUUUAUUUUGACAGCGGCGAGGCGGCUUUUCCCUGAGACCCACACACUGCUUGUUCGUCAGAGAAGACGCUCUUGUGAGGUCACCGAGGCCCGGGGGCGAGCCUGGUCCGGCGCUAUAUAAUCUUCCCGGUCCGGUGGACGAAACCAGCGCACUGAAUCAGACAGGAGACAAAGCAAGCACACACUGAGCAAACAAACAUGGUGAAGAUCACUUUCCAGCCAGUGUCGGCGCAGAAGCCCGAAAAAGACAACGAUGAGGACAAGAUCAUUAUACCUCAGGCUCACGGGCAGUCGGUUCACCCAGUCAGGCCAAAGAAGCCUUUUCCAACUGGCCUGUGCUGCCUUGCCUUGGGCCUGGCAGUUUUCUUGAUAGGACUGGUGUUGGCGUCUGUCUUUAUCUAUCGCCACUACUAUAUACCUCAGCAGAUCCCAGAAGACAGUUUGUUCCAUUGUCGGGUUAUCUUUGAGGACUCUGUGUAUGCUCCUCUGAGGGGGCGGCAAGAACUCGAGGAAAACGUCGGCAUCUACCUUGAAGACAACUACGAGCAGAUCAGCGUACCCGUGCCACGUUUUGGUGGCAGCGAUCCUGCCGAUAUCAUCCACGACUUUCAGAGGGGCCUUACAGCUUAUCACGACAUCGCACUGGACAAAUGCUACAUCACCGAGCUGAACACAACCUUAGUGAUGCCACCACGCAACCUGUGGGAGCUGCUCGUCAAUGUCAAGAGAGGGACGUACCUUCCUCAGACGUACAUCAUCCAGGAGGAGAUGAUGGUGACGGGGAGGGUGAGGAACAUGAGGCAGCUGGGCCCUUUCAUUCACAGGCUCUGUUACGGCAGAGAAACUUACCGCCUCAGACGCCGCAGCCAGCGCCAACGUAUUGAGAGGCGUGAGACCAAGAAUUGUCACAGCAUCCGCCACUUUGAGAACACUUUUGUGGUCGAGACUGUGAUCUGCGACCGGUUCUAAAUCUGAGGUGGAAAUCACAGCCAUCCAACACUGAAGCCAAUUUAAACCAUACCUCUUGAAUUCCUUAAGCGUUAAACUGCACUUUAAGAGCAAGCGUUUGUCUUGUAGUUUUAGUUUCAGAUCCAGUUGGAAUGUUUUUGUUUAUGCUUUUAUUUUUUUGAAACGUCCGUGUACUAUGUUAAUGUCUUUUUAAUUUAAACGGAUUCCUGGAUAAUGUUAUAGAUUUGUUUAGAUAUAUCUGUAGCUUGUCAUGUCGUGCAGAACGUGUUAACCUGUGCAUGUAAGUUCGUGACAUUUACAUCAAUGGACUUGAUUUCAUUUCAUUUUUAUACUUGUCCUCGUAUUUUUUCGAUUAAGUUAUUUUUAGUUACUUUUUUUGUUGUUGUUUUGAAUGUCGGAAGAUGGCGAAACAUACCUCAUGUAGUUAAGAUAUUACUUUGCUGGUUGAUAUCAUAAUGAGUGGUGUAUAUAACUUUGAUUGUUCCUAAGCAAUAUAUACUGUACAUUGAUUUUCUUCUUAAUUUCAUAUUGUUACAUGCAUAGAUUUUUAUCUGAGAUCAACUUGUUUUGUGGAUGAUCAUUUCUUUCUUGUUUGCCUUUUAGUUUUGUUCUUCUCACACUUUCCUACUCCUUGGAUAUAAAUGGCUUUAGACUGUAAUUAGUAGCAGUGCUGUAGAAGGACAGAAGGAACCAAAGUCUGCAGUCAGGGAUGCUACAAGCUUGGUUUUAAGGACAUAUGAAUUAUUUAUAAAGAACGCUUUAUAGUCUAGAUCACUUACUGUAGAUGAUAUCAAAGGCUAAAAACUCACGUUGUCUUGCUCUUCCUCCUCUUCACUCAGAUUUGCCUGUUGUCUUCAGCUCUUGCCAUUUCCCAAUCUUUCCUAUCUUGGCAUUAUAAUGUGUUCUGAUGUUUCGUCCCAGCUUAAAAAAGGAAAAGAUUUUGGGCUGUCUUUCUGAUGUAUAAGUUGGAGUAAAUCUGAUUUUGUUGAGAGAGAGAGAUCUGUGAUCUGUUAUCAUAUUUCACUGUCUUGGGUACUGUAUUUCGCUGUACAGUCACUUUUUCUUGUAAAAUCUUGCUGCUUUGACAAUAAAUUAUCAAACUUU